AUGGUUCCUCCUACAUCUGCAAAAACACGAUUACCAUGCAAGCUACUCGUUCAUAAUCUCCCAGAUACACUUCCAGAAGAAAUUUUCUUAAAGUCCAUAGCGUCGUUUCAUCCUUUUAUAAACUGGCACCGGUAUCAUCAGGGAAAAAGACAAAAUCCACCUCAACCUAAUAUUCCUUCUUUCGCAUAUCUAAAAUUCCGAUCGGAAUCUCACGUUCAUGACUUUUUUCGCUUCUAUCAAGGACAUGUUUUUGUUGACAAAGAUGAACAUGUCUAUCGUGCUUUGCUACUAGUUGCUCCUUUUCAAAAAGUUCCACCUGUUAAAUUGAAGCCCGACUCUUUAAAUGGAACCAUCGAAGAUGAUCCCGUUUUUAAAACUUUUGUGGAUAAGUGGAAUGAGAGUUUGAUACCUCCUCCACCUCCUUCGCCUUCUCAUUAUACGCAAAAUACUUCGACUCCGUUGCUUCAUUAUUUAGCAGAAAAACGUGGGACCACUGGUACAUCUCCGAAACCCAGUAAGUCUAAGAAGGAAAAAAAGCAAAGGUCUAAAAAAAGUAAGCUAGCAUCUUCUUCCUCAAAGCAAGCUACUCCCUCAGAUCAUUCUACGGGCCAGAAUCCUUCGCAGUCUUUGGAGGCAAAAGAGCCUGUGAAGCAAGACUCAGUUCCCUCAAAACCUAAGAGCAAAAAGAAGGCGAAACCAAGAAAAUCUACAAAAGUUGCCUCGUCUACGAGUACAACAGAUUCAACACCUAAACCAGAUGAAAGUGCUAAAGCAGUACCCAAAAAAAUAUCACCCAAAAAAAAAGAAGCUUCAAAAUAA